GGAUUUUGUGGGUCUACGUUGUGGUAAUAGCGUUGGAAAACCAUUCCUCUCUUCUCUCAACAUUAAUACCGAUCAGCUGCAGCAACGACAAUCACUGCGGAACUGUUCGUGCCGUCCGCAACUCCCUCAAGCGAUGCUGAAGUCUAAUUCUCAGCAGAUCAACACCACCGAAAACGCCUGGAAACUUCCCUCUAUGCCUCCUGUAGUCUAUGAGAAUCUUAGCUUCUGCAAUGAAAAGAGUAGUGAUACCGGAAAGGGAGAAAUCACUACCGAAACACUGGAUGUGUGGAUGAGAGAAUCGGUAAGUGAGAUUGUAAAGAAAAUAGGAGAAGCUCCGUUCUUGGUUCAUGUGUUUUCUUCAAAGAUGAAUGGGAAGAUUAAGGUGACACGGUUGAACAAGGAGAAGGCAUCGGCUGAGGAAUGGCCAUUUAUCCAGAAGAGAUGGGAAGAAAGGGAGGAGAGAGGGGAAUGCUCAACUCCUGAUGGAAUCAUCCUUGUUGAAGAACUCAAAGAUGAGAAUGAAGAAGACAAUGGAGGAAGAAGAGGAGAUGAUGAUGAUGAAUCAAGCACAAGAGCUUGGGGAGUAGUGAUUCAAGGAAGGGGAUUGAAUUGUAACCCAGUUUGUUAUAUACUUAAGACUUGCCGUGUGGGUUCACCAUCGAUUGGUUUUUGUACACAUUUCUGUUUGGUGAAGGCUCAGUUCUAUGGUGAGACUGCCAUGCAACAGAUGAAGAACUCUUGGUUAUUACACCCGCAGCCCAUGGAGCAGCAUAGUUAUUUUUUCUGAUCUUGAACCAACAUUAUUGAAUGAAUUUAAUAUUCUGUACAAA